AUGGUGUACACGUCUGUUUCUCUGGCUUCUGUUGCCAUCUCGUUACUUGCACUGAGCGAUGCCAAAGCCAUCAGCACCACCUCCAGCUCCUCAUACUCGAUUGCUUCAUCGACAGAUUCGUCGAUACAACCUACCUCGACUCACCCUACCUGCCCUGAAGCCAACAACAACAUCUUCAUCGCCAAGAGCGGUGCCACUUUUGUCGUCGAAUGUGGAAUUGACUAUGCGGGUGGUGACUUGAAGUCUGUCAACAUUGCCAGCAACAGAAUCGGCGACUGUAUCGAUGCAUGCGAUGCUACUGAGGGAUGUAUUGAUAUCAGCAUGUCUGGCACUGCCUGUUACAUGAAGAACAAGCUCAACAAGCCCCUCGCCAACAAGGGUAUCAGAGGUGCACGCAAGAUCAAGGAUGCACCUCUGAGGUCGUCUAGCAGUUUCUCGUUCAGCACCUCGUUCAGCACCUCGUUCAGCACUUCGCACAGCGUCAGCCAUAGUGUGACCCAGGCUCCUACCUUCUCUGAGCCUACUGCCUCUACAGCCCCAGCAACUGCUUCUCUUCCCACUGUCAACAAGGGCACUGAAUACAUCAACUACACCAAUAUUGCUGGCUACUUCCUCCAGGACCUCGAUAGUACAGUCCCCAGCACUUUCGACUAUGUGAAUUNNGCCACCAACUUCGGUCUCAUCAAUCAGACCUACUCAACUGACACGAGCUCUAAUGCAGGACUCACCCAAUGGCAACGCUUCAACGCCCUCUUGAAGCACAUGAACAGCAAUGCUCCCAAGAAUGUCGCUUACAAAUUACUCUUCAUCGGUCGUCACGGCGAAGGCUACCACAACGCCGCACAGACUUACUACGGUACACCCGCUUGGAACUGCUACUGGAGCCAGCAGACCGGCAACAGCACCAACAGCUGGCAAGACGCUGAUCUCACCCCCAAUGGUGUUGCUCAAGCACUUAAGGCCAACACCUUCUGGGCCCACGAGAUCUCUACCCAGAACAUCCAAACGCCAGAGAGUUUUUAUGUGUCUCCAUUGACGCGUUGUCUUAAGACUGCCAACUACACUUUCAGUGGUCUUGGGUUGCAAAACUUUGUCCCUGAGGUCAAAGAGUUGAUUCGUGAGGGAAUUAGCACGCAUACUUGUGAUCAUCGUGGUAAUGAAACUUAUAUCAAGUCUCUAUUCCCUACUUGGAAGAUCGAGUCUACAUUUACCGAAACCGACGAACUCUGGAACGGCAUCACUGAAGAGUCUUCGUCGGCCCAGGACUACAGAUCGAAAAUCGCACUUGACGACAUCUUUUCUGGCGAUGACGCUUCAGUGAUUUCUAUUACUACGCAUAGUGGAGAGACGAGCAGUCUUUUGCGUGUACUGGGACACAGAGCUUUUAGUCUGGUCACUGGGGCUGUUAUCCCGGUGCUGGUCAAGGCUGAGACGAUUAAGGUUGCCAGUGGUGCGACUACUACUACUGUGCCUUGGGAUGCGGGUGCUUGGUGUACUAAUGGCCCGCCUUUGGCUAGUAGUACUGCUUGUGUGUGCAGUGAUGGUGUUGCUCCUGUUGCUACUACUGUUUCCGCCAUCUGA